CUAGAAUGGGUCGUGUAUCUUCGUUUAUGGCUUAAAAGUGGUGAGUUGUAAGCUAUUACGUCGAGGGGUCGUCGACAUUAAGAAUAUAAUAAUUAAAGAUGUGAAUAAAAUUUCAGUCUGGAUUAAAUAAAGCCAAGGCAGCCUUUUUCCAGAUAAGUCACAAAGAUGUCACGAACAGUCCAACUUUUUAUCAUUGGACUUCUUUUAACAAGUCAUAUCGAGGCGCAAAGCAAACGGAAGUCUAAAUCCAAGUUCAAGGCUCUACUUCCAGCUUUUGAGCCAACCAAGCCUAAAACAAACAGCAUUGCUGAAAAACCUGCAAAUACCGCCUCUGCAUCGUCGGCAUCAACUAUUGAAGCAGUCGGGACCGUCGACUUGGGAAAGACACCAGCAACAGAGCCUAAAGCCGCUCCAAAAGAAGUAAUUCCACAGGAACCUUAUAAACAAAGUGCAAAGGAACCUUCUUCAAAACCAGUCGCAAAGAGUAACUCACCAGCACCAUACAAACAAACCACCUCAACGGUUAAAGAAAGCAAACCCGUGAAAAAGAACGUCAAAGCCUCGCCCUACAGUCUGUUUCUGACAGAAAAACCAAAAGAAACAAAGCCAAAAUCUCUGGAAAAGAAACUUCAGCUUCCUUCACAAAAUGAGAAAACGGUACCAUCUGUACCAGCUUGGGAUUAUGUUCCACCCAAUCCACGUCAACACAGUUCUAACUUCUUUGGCCAAAUGCCAACUCCCACAACGCCUGCGCCAACCACACCUCAACCACCAACACCUGCGCAGCAAUCCCUCUUUGGUUUCCUCCAUGGACGAAAACCUGCCGCUCAAACCCAGCAAGUGCUCCCCUUCAAUGUCCCCUCCAUGCCCCCGUACCCUGGACUUCCAAACAACAACCCACAACUCAACAACGUGUACAGAAUGAUCGCCACGUGGUUGGUUUCCCACGCCAUGAAAGGAGGCAACAAUGCUGCUCAACCUUCUGCUCCCGCAACCAACAACAUUCCCCAGCAACAAAAUAUGCGCCGCCAAAACCAGCAACGGCCGAAAAACCAAAGACAGAAGAAUACCCUUACGCCUCCUCCUGCAAAACCAGCGAGAAAUCCAAAGAAGCAACAGGCUCGUCCAAAGAAAACCAACAGAAAAGAGGAGGAGCGUUUACGUAAGAUGAGAGAGAAGGCUUAUCGAGAGUAUAUGGACGAGGUGUAUGAUAUUGACGUUCCGGAUAAUGCUUUCGCUAACGGUGUACCGCCAUAUAACCAAGGUCCUCCUUUUGGAUUCCCAUGGUGAUCCAUUCAAAACAAAAACACUGAUCGUGUAAUUCCAUUUGGAUUGGAGAGACCUUGACUCGCCAAUAUAAGCUCACCGCUCUAUUUAUUGGGACUCGGGUGAUUCUCUCGGAUAUGCCCAGAACAAGAUUAAAAACUCGUUGGCGAUGGCAUUAACUAUGUUUCAUUUAAGAAUGUUUAGCUAUAAUAACAAAAUAACAAGAAUUCGUAAUCAUAGAUAAUGUGAUGAAUAAUACAAGAAUACUGAUAUGUACUACAUCUUUCUAUUCAAAAUAAUUUAUUCAUUGUUUGAUAUUUGAUGAUGGCUUCUUGAAUCACAGAUAAGUAAUAUUUUGUGCCCUUUAAACUCAGAACAAAUAAAUUUUUUAAUGGAUUGCCCUGCCUGUAUAUACAUAUAUGUGUAUGGUCAGGAUCAUAUGACUUUGUGUGAUUGUCUUUAUGUACUUGAUUCUGUAUGCACAUGUAUAUAUAUUAGAACGUUCCUAGAUGUAUAUAGAAUAUUCAAAUAAAAUUCAUAAUUCAUACGUGUAUUUACUAGGCUGGUAAUUACAGGUACAUAAUUUCAAUGACAUUAAAAUAUAUUAAUCAUAUUUAAUAAAUCCCACUGACUUUUUUCUAUGACAACUUGUGACCUUUUCAUUGGCCAAUGUUUUUGAAAAUCUUAAUAAAUCAUAUUUAUUCGCCUCUUUAGAUUUUGGAUGAAUAAAAGUCCAAAAUGAAAAACAAUAAGAUAACUAGCCUGAGUAAAUGAAAUGAUUAUA